AUGGCUGCGGUGAUGUGGCAGGGUUCCCGGUCUUCCAGACCAGCGGUACUGAUCAACAGAGGAGAGGGUUUUGUCGUCGUAGGGUGGAACGAACUGGCGGUGGUAUCGUGCUACUUCUCGCCGAAUAGGAGCGUGAACCAGUUCCGAGCCUUCCUGGCGGCGAUUGGGGAUGCAACCAGCACACUAAGAGGACGACCGAUCCUGAUCAUGGGGGAUUUUAAUGCCCGUUCCCAUCUUUGGGAAAAUACCCACCCCACUCUGAAGGGGGACGCGAUGGCGACCUGGGCUGCCGUGCAGGAUCUUAGGCUCCUGAACAAGUACAAUGUGGCCACCUGUGUGAGGCCUCAGGGGAGGUCGGUCAUUGACCUAACCUGGAUCUCGCCGGCGCUGUUGCCGUCUGUUAGAGCAUGGGACGUAGCUGUCGAGGAAGAGGCGUUGUCGGACCAUCGAUACGUCUAUCUAAGGCUGGGCAAAAGGGGUUUCCCUCAAGCUGAUGCCGAUCUACAACCUUUCUCGGUGGCCAUGUCUAGACUUUGUAACGCGAAUCGAGGUUUGAGUCUCUCGCGGAUGUCGCCGAUGUCUCAGGCUCCGCCUCUAUGUCCUGUUGACUCACCAGCCCUCUUUCCGUGGCUGGAACUUCCUCGUUCGCCGCUAUCCCCAUCAUAUUGUUACGAGCCUGGCCCAACAUCGCGUUCGCGAUAUCCAACUGAAAAUUCGGCUCGUCGGCAGCAGGAAUUGUGGCCGGAUGCGCGACCGUUGCAGGCGAUGGCUGGAAAGCCAACGGUUGCAAGGUUAGGUUAG